AUGGCACCCGCAAGCGAGAGCAACAAUGCUGGACUUACGGACUACCUCUUACGGAAUGAGCUUACGGACAGACAUGUAGCAUUACUCGUUCACCUCGUCACUAGCCAGCUGCUGGCCGGAGACGUGGUAGACUACAUCGUCUUCCGCGCCGUCUGUUCCGGCUGGCGCGCCUGCACGAGCGACGCGCGCGAUCCCACCCUUCGGAAAUCGGAUCUAUUGCCGCGCGGUUGGGUCGCCCUCUGUGACGGCGACGCGGUCCGCCCGGACGACACCUGCGAGAUCACCCUAUUCCACACGCGCACGGCCAGGCGCCUCCAUGUCCACCUGCCGGAGCUCCGGAACCAUAGGAUCGUCGGCUUCACUCAAGGACUCCUAAUCCUCGUGAACAAGCGCACCAUCGCCAUCCGGGUGCUACAUCCCUUCACACGAGUCGUGGUCGACCUCCCGUCCCUCGUCCCCGUUUUCCACGAUGCGGUCAGUAACCGGAACUCUGUCCUUGGCAUGCAUGCCGCGGUCUGUAGCGCAUCCGCGACCUCCAUUGCCGUCGUUGUCUGGUUCCCGUCGACAGCAGUAGUGCUAGGCGCUGAGGUUGGCCGCCCAACUUGGGAGGUGCUCCAUCGAGGGCUUUUCCUAAGGUGCGUCUUGCCCUUCCAAGGAAGGCUUUACGCCACCAUGGGCUGCUCGAGAGAGAUCAUGCAGCUGUACCCAAGAUCGCCCCAUCCUGUUCUUGCUCGUGUUCCAGAUGAUUUCGGUGAUCCAAGACAAUGCAAGUACUUCCUUGUGGAGUGCCGUGGGCAAGUGCUGCUUGCCGUCCACCAUUCAACUGCACGACCCUGUGGCGCGGAUCCGUUCCACCAAAAUGCCUACAAGCUAUUUGCUCUGGACAUCGAUCAUGGCAAGCUGAUCCCAGUGAGCUGCCUCGGUGGCCACGCGCUGUUCCUCAAUGGAGAUAGAUGCCUAUCUGUUUUGGCCAGCGACCUCCCUUCUGUGAGCUGCAACUCCAUUUACCACACUCUACGCGGUCGCCCCGUGGUGGUGCACUCGGUAAGUACAGGUUUCUCUGAGCAAUUAGCAGUGUCAUGCCAAAUACACGACGGGAAGGAUAGGAUCCGCCCCUCCGUUCGCCCCUUCACCAUUGUUGAUCAUCUUCUCACCUACUGCCAUCCUCAUGAGUGGACAAAAGGACUCAUGUUUCAUGAGUACCACUCUAUACCUGAAUCUUUCGAGGAGUUGGCCAAGUACAUCAAGGCAAAGAACUCUGAACUGCACAUUCCGCGCAUUGCAAGGAAGAAACCACGUCACCGCACAACGCAUUGCCCAAUGAAUAAUGAAGAUUUGUUCACAUUUGAGCUACCAAUGCAAAGAAUUGCAAAUGCAAGUUGAAAAUCUCUUGCUCUUGGACAAUAAACACCCCCUGCUACCAAGAGAGGAAGCUCAAUCUUAGCUCUUGCUAGCCCAGCCAUGAACACAUGGAGCUACAGCAAGCAGCCCAGCCACUGGGAUUCUGUCUUCCUAUUAUGAUAUUGAACUGUGCUAUGAUGUAACGGAUGAAAUGGUAUUUUGUUGAAAUUCCUAUUAGCAAAUCCAAUUGAAAGGUUCCUCAUAAGACUUUUUGGUAAAGAUCGAGUGAUGACGAGAGAUAGAAUGAGACAAAGCCUAAAGGGGAGAGCACUUAGCCGAGCAUUUAGUAGUAGUUCGGCUGGGGAAGAUUUUU